AUGCAGAUUUUCGUGAAGACCCUCACGGGCAAGACUAUCACCCUCGAGGUGGAGUCUUCCGACACCAUCGACAAUGUAAAGGCCAAAAUCCAAGACAAGGAGGGCAUUCCCCCCGACCAGCAGCGUCUCAUCUUCGCCGGCAAACAGCUCGAGGAUGGUCGCACCCUCAGCGACUACAACAUCCAGAAGGAGUCUACCCUUCACCUCGUGCUCCGCCUGCGUGGUGGUGCGAAGAAGCGCAAGAAAAAAACCUACAACACCCCCAAGAAAAUCAAGCACAAGCGCAAGAAGGUCAAGAUGUCCAUCUUGAAAUACUACAAGGUGGAGUCGGACGGUAAGAUCAAGCGUCUCCGUCGUGAAUGCCCGUCCGCCGAGUGCGGUGCCGGUAUCUUCAUGGCUUUCCACCAAGAUCGCCAGUACUGCGGCAAGUGUGGGUUGACCUACACCUUCACGCCUGGCACUAAGCCCCCUGUUGUCUAA